AUGACAAGGCAGCUUUACACUUCAGCCUUUCUUCACUUAGCCACCUUACUCUUCAUCUUCCGGACAAUCUCAGCCGUCCGUUUCCCUCCAGGACCAACAACAACUAACGACCUAGAUUUCAUCCGUACGAGCUGCAACGCAACGCUAUACCCAGACGUGUGUUUCACGUCAUUAUCCGGCUACGCCUCCGCCGUACAAUAUAACCCGGCGAGACUAGCUAGGCUCGCCAUCGGCGUUUCCAUUUCCCGCGCAAAACACACGGCGGCUUAUCUCUCGAAACUCUCACGUGUCACCGCCUCAGCCGCCGUCCACGACUGCGUUUCAAACGUGGGAGACGCCAUGGAGCAGAUGCGUGGUUCGCUCCGGCAGCUUCGGGAGAUGAACCACCGUCGUCUCGGAGCUCCGACGUUUAGGUUUCAGAUGAGUAACGUGCAGACGUGGAUGAGUGCGGCGUUGACGAACGAGGAGACGUGUACUGAUGGGGUCACGGAGGAGAUGGAAGACGGAGAGACGAAGAUAGCGGUUUGUGACAGAGUCGCUGACGUUAAGAGAUUCACGAGUAAUGCGCUUGCUAUAGUUAACACAUACGCCAAUAGUGGAGCCUAG